CGCUAGGUGGUCUGGCCAUGCUUCGAGCGCUGAGCGCGCUGCGGCCCAUGGGCCGGCCCCCAGCCCCGUUUCUGCUCCCCGCGCGCUGCCGCAAGACCCGCCACGACCCGCCAGCCAAGUCCAAGGUCGGGCGCGUGGCGACCCCACCCGCUGUGGAUCCUGCGGAAUUCUUCGUGCUGACGGAGCGUUACCGGCAGUACCGCCAGACGGUGCGCGCCCUCAGGCUGGAGUUCGUGUCCGAGGUGCGCAAGAAGGUGCACGAGGCCCGGGCCGGGGUCUUGGUAGAGCGCAAGGCACUGGAGGACGCCGCUGAGCACCGCGAGCUGAUGGCCUGGAACCAGGCGGAGAACAAGCGGCUGCGCGAGCUGCGGAUGGCCAGGCUGCGGCAGGAGGCGCGGGAGCAGGAGCGGCGGCAGGCGGAGGAGGAGGCCCGGCAGGCCCGAGAGGCGCAGGCUUGGGUGCAGCUCAAGGAGCGUGAAGUGCUGCAGCUGCAGGAGGAGGCAAAAAACUUCAUCACCCGAGAGAACCUGGAGGCGCGGGUGGAAGAAGCGUUGGACUCCCCCAAGAGCUACAACUGGGCCAUCACCAGAGAGGGGCUGGUGGUCAGACCACAGCACAAGGGCUCCUGAGGGCCCAGUAAGGACAGUGUCCACCCAGGGACCAUGGGGGUAUGGGGGUUGGGCCUGAUCUGGAAUAAAGCAGUUGUUUCUUAUGAAGGA